CCCUUGGAUUUCACAACAAUGGCUACGACAUCUGUUUUACCUGUUGAUUUAAAUGCAUAUAUACUCAAGAUGGAACUAGACAUUGCCCACUUGGCAAAAGUUGCUGGAGAUUAUAGUACUGCAGAGAGCUUCUUGAACGCUUCUCGAGCCAGACGGAAGGCAAUAAAAUUUGUUUUCUGGAAUGCAAAGAUGGGACAAUGGCUUGAUUACUGGUUCAAUGAUAGUACAUGUGAGGAACCUCAAACUUGGGAAGUUUGCAACCAGAAUCAGAAUGUAUUUGCUUCAAACUUUGUUCCUUUGUGGGUUGAGUCAUUCUACUCAGAUGAAGAUCCUUCUCUGGUGGAGAAAGUCUUGAGAGGCUUCCAAAGUUCUGGCCUGCUUGGUGCUUUUGGGAUUGCAACUUCUUUGAAAAACUCAGGACAACAAUGGGACUUUCCAAAUGGUUGGGCCCCACUUCAACACAUGAUAGUUGAAGGUCUAGCUAGAUCUGGAUCAAAAGAAGCAAGGUCAUUGGCCGAAGACAUUGCUGUGAGGUGGAUCAGAACCAACUAUGCUGCCUAUAAGAAAACAGGCACAAUGCAUGAAAAACAUGAUGUGACCAAGUGUGGAGAAUUUGGAGGUGGUGGAGAAUACGUACCCCAGACUGGUUUUGGCUGGUCAAAUGGAGUUGUUUUGGCUUUUCUGGAGGAGUUUGGAUGGCCUCAAGACCGAACAAUACAUUGCUAGUGAUCUCGGAGUUUGCAAGCAUAGACAUAUUGCUAUUUGCCUCACUAGCACAUUUUUAAUAACUAGGCUUUUCCUUGCAGGAAGCUAGCCAGUAGAUAAAAGCAUGGCAAUAAAUUACAGUGAUUUUAUUUCAUAAUCUUGAAUUCAAGACAUAUAUGCUAAUGAGGAGACUGAAUCAAAAUUCUCAAAACUUAUUCAUGAAUUCCAUAUUCCACCCACUACCAGUGGAAAAAUUCAAAAUUCAUGAUUUCCAAUUUAUUCAAAUAAAGGGCACCCUACCUUUUCCAUAUC